ACAUUUUACGGAACUGUUUUCAAGAAAAUGUUGUUUCCAGACGGACCCUGAGCCACACUGUUCAUUUAUUAUUGCCCCAGUAUUCCGAUUUUAUUUGUAUUUUUAUGUAAUUUCACGUAUUUAAGCCGUAUAAUUGAAGUGUAAUGGCGUCGAAGCGAAAAGCAGACAUGGUGGUCCCUGCUGAGGAAAGCGACCAGCUCCUCAUCCGCCCUCUUGGCGCUGGCCAGGAAGUUGGGAGAUCUUGUAUAAUCCUGGAGUUCAAAGGCAGGAAAAUUAUGCUGGACUGCGGCAUCCAUCCGGGUUUAGAGGGAAUGGACGCUCUUCCCUAUAUCGACCUGAUCGACCCCGCAGAGAUCGACCUCCUCCUCAUCAGCCAUUUUCACUUGGAUCACUGCGGCGCUCUGCCCUGGUUCCUCCAGAAAACCAGCUUCAAGGGGCGGACAUUCAUGACGCACGCCACCAAGGCCAUCUACCGCUGGCUGCUGUCAGACUACGUCAAAGUCAGUAACAUCUCUGCAGAUGACAUGCUGUACACUGAGACCGACUUGGAGGACAGCAUGGAUAAAAUAGAGACCAUCAACUUCCAUGAGGUGAAGGAAGUGGCUGGGAUCAAGUUCUGGUGCUACCAUGCUGGUCAUGUGCUGGGAGCGGCCAUGUUCAUGAUCGAAAUAGCUGGAGUUAAACUGCUGUACACAGGAGACUUCUCCAGACAGGAAGACAGACAUCUGAUGGCAGCGGAGAUCCCGAGUGUCAAACCUGACAUCUUAAUUAUAGAGUCGACCUACGGGACUCACAUCCAUGAGAAGAGGGAGGAGCGCGAGGCUCGCUUCUGCAACACGGUGCACGACAUCGUCAACCGGGAGGGCCGCUGCUUGAUUCCCGUGUUCGCCCUGGGACGGGCCCAGGAGCUGCUGCUCAUCCUGGACGAAUACUGGCAGAAUCACCCAGAACUCCAUGACAUUCCCAUCUAUUACGCCUCAUCUCUGGCCAAGAAGUGCAUGGCUGUCUACCAGACCUACGUCAACGCAAUGAACGACAAAAUCCGCAAAGCAAUCAACAUCAACAACCCCUUUGUGUUCAAACACAUCAGCAAUCUGAAGAGCAUGGACCACUUUGAUGACAUCGGCCCCAGCGUGGUGAUGGCGUCGCCGGGUAUGAUGCAGAGCGGCCUCUCCAGGGAGCUGUUCGAGAGCUGGUGCACCGAUAAGAGGAACGGCGUCAUCAUCGCUGGAUACUGUGUAGAGGGAACGCUAGCUAAGCACAUCAUGUCAGAACCAGAGGAGAUCACCACCAUGUCUGGACAGAAGCUCCCACUCAAGAUGUCAGUGGACUACAUCUCCUUCUCCGCCCACACCGACUACCAGCAGACCAGCGAGUUCAUCCGGGCCCUCAAGCCGCCUCAUGUGAUCCUGGUUCACGGGGAGCAGAACGAGAUGGCCCGCCUGAAGGCAGCGCUGAUCCGGGAGUACGAGGAUAACGACCAGGUCCACAUCGAAGUGCACAACCCUCGCAACACGGAGGCCGUCACUCUCAACUUCAGGGGAGAGAAGCUGGCCAAGGUGAUGGGAUCCCUGGCUGAUAAGAAAUGUGCUCAGGGUCAGAGGGUGUCUGGCAUUCUCGUCAAGAAGAACUUCAAUUACCACAUCCUGAAUCCAUCCGACCUCUCAACGUACACAGAGCUGGCCAUGAGCACGGUGAAGCAGAACCAGGCCAUCCCGUUCACCGGGCCGUACUCGCUGCUCGUCUGCCACCUGAGGAACCUGACAGGGGACGUGGAGGAGCUGGACGGCACCGAGAAGAAAACGCUGAAGAUCUUCAAAAGCAUCACUCUGGUCCACGAGGUCGGCAUGGUGGUGCUGGAGUGGGUAGCCAAUCCGCUGAACGACAUGUAUGCUGAUGCCGUCACCACCGUGGUGCUGGAGGUUCAGUCCAACCCGAAGGCUCAGAAAGUCAUGGAGACCCAGAGUACCACUAUGGACAUGGAUGUCUUCCAAACCCGGUUAGAGGUCAUGCUGCAGGACAUGUUUGGAGAGGACUGUGUGGACUUCAGCGAUGGGAAAGUCAUUUCUGUGACGGUGGACGGCCAGACGGUCCACAUCAGCUUGGAGACGCGGUCGGUUUACUGCGAGGACGACGCGUCCGAGGACGACUCCCUCAGAGAGAUGGUGGAGCUGGCCGUGCAGCGGCUCUACGACGCCCUGAACCCGGCCCUCUGAGAACCCGGCCCUCUGAGAACCCGGCCCUCUGAGAGGACGGGUCUCUGAGGACCCGGCCCUCUGAGAACCCGGCCCUCUGAGAACCCGGCCCUCUGAGGACCCGGCCCUCUGAGAACCCGGCCCUCUGAGAACCCGGCCCUCUGAGGACCCGGCCCUCUGAGAGGACGGGUCUCUGAGGACCCGGCCCCCUGAGGACCCGGCCCUCUGAGAGGACGGGUCUCUGAGAGGACGGGUCUCUGAGGACCCGGCCCCCUGAGGACCCGGCCCUCUGAGGACCCGGCCCUCUGAGAGGACGGGUCUCUGAGGACCCGGCCCCCUGAGGACCCGGCCCUCUGAGGACCCGGCCCUCUGAGAACGGGUCUCCAACCAGAAACUGGAUCUUUUAACAGAACUACUCUAGAACAGGAGAAUAAGCUUAAUUUUUACGUUUUAGUUGAUGUACAAGCACUUUAAGUUAACUGUAUUUGUGUAGAUCUGCUGUAGUUUUUGUUUCAUCCUUACAAAUAUGCACUGAUUUGACCUUCCUGUGUAAACAUAUUAAUGGUACUAAUGGUUGGUGUUUGUUGCAUGUUAAAACAUUUUUAUUUAAAAGUUGAUUAAAAAAAUUUUGUGUUA